GCAACGACGCACAAUUUUUUGUACUUUUGUAAGAACGGACGAAUUUUCAUUAAACACGGGACAAUAUGUAUAAAAAUUUAGAAGAGCACAAUCGGCUAGUCAAUAAAUAUCUUAAGAUAUUUUUUGUUGUAGCAUUGUAUUGGUGCACUUCCAUAUUGACUGUGUUUGUGAACAAACAUCUGCUGAGCAGCGAUGCUGUAAAUUUGGGCGCCCCGCUUUUCAUGUCCUGGUAUCAGUGUGUUGUAUCCACCAUCAUUUGCUUUGCAAUGAGUCGUCUGAGUCGCAAAUAUCCGAGUGUAUUCACCUUUCCGGAGGGCAAUCCGCUGGACGUAGACACCUUUCGAAAGCUACUCCCAUUAACAGUGCUCUACACGCUUAUGAUUGGUGCCAAUAAUCUGUCGCUGGCUUAUGUCACGGUCGCCUUCUAUUACAUUGGGCGCUCCCUCACCACGGUGUUUAGCGUGGUGCUGACCUAUCUCAUCUUGAGACAACGCACAAGUUUUAAGUGCUUAUUGUGCUGUGCCACAAUUGUGGUGGGCUUUUGGCUAGGUGUGGAUCAGGAGAGUCUAACGCAAGCAUUUUCCUGGCGUGGCACAAUAUUUGGCGUGCUUAGCUCUCUGGCGCUGGCCAUGUACUCGAUACAAACGAAAAAGUCGCUCGGCUAUGUCAACCAGGAGAUAUGGCUCUUGAGCUACUAUAAUAAUCUCUACUCUACACUCUUAUUUUUGCCGCUCAUUAUCCUAAACGGCGAGCUUGGCACUAUUUUGGCAUACCCUCAUUUGUGGGCGCCCUGGUUCUGGGCGGCAAUGACACUAAGUGGAUUUUGUGGUUUUGCCAUUGGCUUUGUCACAGCUUUGGAGAUAAAGGUUACUUCACCGCUAACGCACAACAUCUCCGGCACGGCUAAGGCGUGCGCACAAACAGUUAUUGCCACGCAGUAUUACAACGAUGUACGUUCCGUGAUUUGGUGGACAUCCAAUAUAGUCGUAUUGGUUGCAAGUGCAGCUUACACUCGGGUCAAGCAAUUAGAAAUGGUACAGCAGCAUCAACAGCGAAACACUGCAACAUUGAAAGCCUAAGCAAAUAUUUCCCAUAAUUCGAUUCAAAUUCAAUGAAUUUAAAUGUGUCAUCAAUCUUUAUCUACAUGUGCAUUAUAUAGUGCAAUUCUUCAGUGUUCUAAUCGUACGAAGUGUGUUAGUGUAUGUCAGUUGAUAAAGUGUAAGACGAUUAAUUCCUCUUAUUGUCAUAGCACACAAAUAUCUUUAAAUCUUUAUAUAAACCUAUACGUAAACCGUAAUCUAAGCAAACCUAAAGACGGA